AUGGCGUACUGCAACCCAUGCAAUCGUACUUUCCCCCACUGGGAAGCAUACAACCAGCACAUCCAGAACAGUCCUGCCCAUCGCAGCUACGAGGUACACGAAUGUCAACUCUGCGAUCGGGACUUCUAUUCUGAACAAUCUCGCCAUCAACAUUACUCUUCUUCUCACAGGUCUCGAUACUGUGUCGAUUGCAAACGCGUUUUCAUGAACGAGAACAACCUCAUGCAGCAUCUUCAUUCCAGGACUCAUGUUGGUGCAUCUAUUCAAUGUCCUUGGUGCAAAGUCGGAUUCGCGACUGCUUCCGGCGUGACCAUUCACCUCGAAUCUGGCACAUGCACAGCCUCCGGCCUCAAUCGCCAAAAGAUCAACCACAUGGUCCACAAACUUGAUCGCAACAACGUCAUCACCCGCCCGAUGAUCACUCUCCCCGGUUACGCGAACGUCGAAACCAUCGCCACGGAACGCGCCUGGAACGGACAAGCCUACGAAUGCUACCUCUGCACCAGACAAUUCACCUCCCUCAACGGGCUGAACAACCACAUCAAGAGCCCGGUGCAUGAGCAGAAUCUGUAUCGUUGUCCGAACUUGAGUUGUCGCAGGGAGUAUAAGUUGCUGAGUGGGCUGGUGCAGCAUGUUGAGAGUGAGAGUUGUGGGGUUAUGAGAUUUGGGAUGGUGCAGAGUCAGGCGAGGAGUGGGAUCCAGAAUAUGGUUGGUCGGAUGAUUGCUGGAUAG